GACUAAGACUUUAAGAUUUUACUUUUGUGCAGCUCAUAAACGGAACAUGGCAGGACAAGGUGAUCGGAUGAGCACUUGACCUGCAAAUUGCAGAUUCCUUCUCUUUUUUUGACAACGACCCACUAACGGAAAACAAAUUUCAAAUGGGUCAUAAGAACAACAAGAGAGGACGAAAGCCUAAAACUUCCGAUGCAUCCACCACCGCCAUUCCACAAACUCUUGAUGCCACCGCCACCGUCGACCCCGCCUCUAGCAACGACCGCCAGCCUCGAGGCAGGGGCAUCCCUAAGAACCGUUCCGAGCUCUCGUCUGACAAGCCCGAGAAGCGUCCCUCUUCUCCCUCCCGAUGCAUCUCCUCCGCUGGCCCUGCCUUGGAGAAUGGGAGAGUGGAAUUAUGUAUGGGUUCUUGCAAUGGUGUUUCUUUAGGGUUUUCUGGGGAUGGGAUGCCCGGGGGAGCCGUGGAGAGGGUGGUGCCAGCAAUGGACGCCGUGGUGAAGGUGUUCUGCACGCACACGGAGCCUAAUUUCUCGUUGCCUUGGCAGAGGAAUAGGCAGUACAGCUCCAGCAGUAGUGGCUUUGUGAUUGGUGGAAGGAGGGUCUUGACGAAUGCUCACUCUGUAGAGCAUUAUACUCAAGUCAAGCUUAAAAAGCGCGGUUCAGAUACUAAGUACCUUGCCACUGUGCUGGCUAUUGGUACCGAGUGUGAUAUAGCCAUGCUUACGGUUAAUGAUGAUGAGUUUUGGGAAGGGAUCUCACCUGUGGAUUUUGGAGAAUUUCCUGCACUUCAGGAUGCCGUGACCGUGGUGGGUUACCCAAUCGGGGGAGACACAGUUUCUGUGACAAGUGGUGUUGUAUCACGGAUAGAGAUCUUAUCUUAUGUUCAUGGGUCAACUGAGCUUCUCGGUCUGCAGAUAGAUGCUGCCAUUAACUCAGGAAAUUCUGGUGGGCCUGCCUUCAAUCAUAAAGGCAAAUGUGUUGGUAUUGCAUUUCAGUCCCUUAAACAUGAAGACGCGGAGAAUAUUGGGUAUGUCAUACCAACACCAGUCAUCAUGCACUUCAUCACAGAUUAUGAGAAAAAUGGCGCAUAUACAGGAUUCCCUAUUCUUGGGAUUAAGUGGCAGAAAAUGGAAAAUCCUGAUCUGCGUACAGCAAUGGGUAUGAAGUCUCAUCAGAAGGGUGUCCGUAUUAGAAGAAUCAAUCCCACUGCCCUGGAAUCUGAGGUUUUGAAGCCGUCGGAUAUUAUUCUCAGCUUUGAUGCUGUUGAUAUAGCCAAUGAUGGAACAGUACCUUUUCGCCACGGAGAACGCAUAGGUUUCAGCUACCUUGUCUCUCAAAAAUACACUGGGGAUAAUGCAGCAAUUAAGGUUCUUCGUGAAAAUGAGACUCUAAGCUUCAACAUCAAACUUUCAUCUCAUAGAAAGCUCAUUCCAUCACACAACAAGGGGAGACCUCCUUCAUAUUAUAUCAUUGCUGGAUUUGUGUUUACAUCUGUAUCUGUUCCAUAUCUCCGUUCAGAGUACGGGGAGGAGUACGUAUAUCAAACUCCUGUCAAGCUUUUGGACAAGCUUAUGCAUUCUAUGCCACAAUCUCCAGAUGAGCAGCUUGUUGUGGUUUCUCAGGUACUUGUGGCGGAUAUCAAUAUUGGGUAUGAGGAAAUUGUGAACACACAGGUUCUCGCGUUCAAUGGUAAGCCGGUGAAAAAUCUGAAGGGCUUGGCCACCAUGGUGGAGAACUGUGAUGAUGAAUUUCUGAAAUUUGAUCUAGAUUAUGACCAGAUAGUGGUUCUGCGGACAAAGACUGCCAAGGCAGCUACUGUAGAUAUUCUUACGACUCAUUGCAUACCAUCUCCCAUGUCGGAUGAUCUUAAACCAUGAAUUUUGUUUAGUAUACAUUGCAAAACUUGUUAGUCGUAAACCCGCGUAUAAUCCCUAUUUGUUUAUAGAUAUGGAUCAUACAAUUGAUUUAAUACCUGAAAAGUGUUCCAUAUUGAACUACAUAAGCUAGCAAUCACAAAGAAAAUGACUCCUAUGACCCAAUUGUUCUUGCUUGACAACAUAUUGAAGGGAUAUUGUUCC